UCUGAUAUAUUCUUAUGUUCUAUAGGUAAAGUACUUAGAAAUCUAAAACUGGAAUUAUACCAUAGUUUUAUAUUAUUUGUUCUCAUUAUAGGCAGAUAGUCCAGAAGACAUGCAUAGCUGGAUUAAAGCUAUUUCUGGUGCAAUAGUAGCUCAGCGGGGACCUGGAAGAUCAGCAGCUUCCGAGCAUUCCAGCUGUUCAGAAUCCAGCUGUCCUGCAAAAACAGCAGCAGCCACCUCACAUUCCACAACCACUCACAGCCCCACUUUGGUCCAAACCCUUAACAGCAAACCCUUUGUCUUGGAGAAGCGAAGAUUUCACGAAUCUUUUACCACGGCCAAACCAGGGAGCUUCAAGAUCCAGGCUGUCCCUUCAAGAGACUCAACUUCCAAAGUGACUCUCCGGGGCCUAUUGGAACCUCAAAAUAAAAAUGGCACUCAGGAACAGGAUUCUGAUCCAGUGGAUCUGGAUGAUGCAAGCCUUCCAGUUAGUGAUGUGUAAUAAUGGGGAGGAGUCUGGAAAAUUAAGAAUUGUUUUGGUCCUUGAAUUUCCUUUCUCAGACUUUUAGCCAAAGAUGAAAUGAAAGAACAAAAAAUAGAAUGUUGCUUAUGUUGACCUUUGUGUGUGCAUACAUUCAAAAUUUUGUAUGUUUAAUAGUCAUAUGCUGCCUUGUACUGUUUAUCAGAACAGAGCUUUUGCUUUUUCUGUAGCCUGAUGACUAAUCUUUUUAAUAGGAAGGGGCCAAAAUACUUGAUCUAAAAGUUAUUUAAGCAAGGUACCAGCUGCUAUUCAUCAUCAGUUUGGCAAAACUGAAAAAAAUCUUAAUGCUUUUUUUAAAGCCAACAUACAGCUUAAUUAUAUUGUAAUUCAGACUAUUGACAACCAAGUUGGCUUAUUUUCUAAAAAUACUGGCACAGUCUUUGGGGCAUCUAUAUCUAUGUAUACAGUGUUCUCUGAAUGUCAGGACUGCAGAGUGUAACAGUAGAGGCAAUGUAAUGCACUUUUCCUAUGCAAAGAGUUUUUUCAUGUUAAGAAAAACCAUCAUGCUGCAGUGUCUGAAAUGAGGUAUGUUUUCCUUACAAUGAAUACUUAGAUUUGAGCAAUCUAUGUAUUCAAGGCACAAAAACUGCUCAUAACAAAUAUAAUAUUUGUUAAAGUACAAUAAGUGAGAAUCUCUAUGAGAAAAGAAACCUUAUAAGAAAGGCCCACAGAUCAUUUACGCUAACCUAAAUGUGCUGACUUAAUUGGAGCUUCUGAUAAAUGUUUUGUAAAUCACUGCCCUUCCACAGAAUCCAAUUCCUUUAGAAUUUCAGAAAAUUGGUGCUGUGAAAUUUACAUGAUCAUAAUACAGCUAUUUUGAAUAUUAAGCCUAUUUUUGAUGCACUCCUAAAAGUAAAUUGUAACUUUUGCACAUUUGGAUAUUAAUGGACCAUCAAAAUAAAGGUAUUAUGUAGAUUUUUUAAAAAUAGGGAACACGAACUAUUAAAUCUUUUAAAGGUUUAACUAAAAUAUUUUAUAAUGGGCUUUGCAGUAAUUAAAUGUUUAAAACUAUUGUUCAAAAUUUUGUUUUCUCUUGUGUGAUCUCCCCUGCCCCCCUUUGGUAAGUUGUAACUGGUUCCCAUUUUAUAUUUUGGUCAGUAAAAGACUGAACAAACUCUGA